GUUUUCUGAUAUAUGUUGGGUACCAUAGAGUGAAUCUCAGAACAGGAAGCGGAGGCAUAACCAGAGAGGAUUCUGGAAAGGUCUCUUUGUUUUCUUGUCCACAGAGAAAGCAAGAGAAAAAAUUGUAAUUAAUUUGUAAACCUCUGUGGCCAAAAAUCUGAACAACUGCAGGGAAAGCCACGGUAUACUCUAACCAUCUUGGAUGCUGGGCUUUGUUCUGCUGUGAUUCCUAAGGCUCUGUUUUAUCAGAUCAUGGAGCAGGAAAGCUGAAGCCACGCCCCAUCUGAGUUUUUCAGAGAUGAGAUAUCUGUCAAGGAUUCAUGGCAGAGUGGCUCUCUGGGAAAAAAACACAAAGUCUCUUCCAGGGCUAUUAUAAGAACAAGUGAAGUGGCCUAGAGCUUUUCCGGGAAAAGGUGCUGUGACUAUCUAAGGCAAUUCUUAUGCAAGAGGCUAAACGCAAUUAAAUGUGCAGGAUGAAAAGAUGGCACAGGCACUGCUGGUACCCCCAGGACCUGAAAGCUUCCGCCUUUUUACUAGAGAAUCUCUUGCUGCUAUCGAAAAACGUGCUGCAGAAGAGAAAGCCAAGAAGCCCAAAAAAGAACAAGACAAUGAUGAUGAAAACAAACCAAAGCCAAAUAGUGACUUGGAAGCUGGGAAGAACCUUCCAUUUAUUUAUGGAGACAUUCCUCCAGAGAUGGUGUCAGAGCCUCUGGAGGACCUGGACCCCUACUAUAUCAAUAAGAAAACUUUUAUAGUAAUGAAUAAAGGGAAGGCAAUUUUCCGAUUCAGUGCCACCUCUGCCUUGUAUAUUUUAACUCCACUAAACCCUGUUAGGAAAAUUGCUAUUAAGAUUUUGGUACAUUCUUUAUUCAGCAUGCUUAUCAUGUGCACUAUUUUGACCAACUGUGUAUUUAUGACCUUGAGUAACCCUCCAGACUGGACCAAGAAUGUAGAGUACACAUUCACUGGAAUAUAUACCUUUGAGUCACUUAUAAAAAUCUUGGCAAGAGGGUUUUGCUUAGAAGAUUUUACAUUCCUUCGUGAUCCAUGGAACUGGCUGGAUUUCAGUGUCAUUGUGAUGGCAUAUGUGACAGAGUUUGUGGACCUGGGCAAUGUCUCAGCAUUGAGAACAUUCAGAGUUCUCCGAGCAUUGAAAACAAUUUCAGUCAUUCCAGGUUUAAAGACCAUUGUGGGGGCUCUGAUCCAGUCGGUGAAGAAGCUUUCUGACGUCAUGAUCCUGACUGUGUUCUGUCUGAGUGUGUUUGCUCUAAUUGGGCUGCAGCUGUUCAUGGGCAACCUGAGGAAUAAAUGUUUACAAUGGCCCCCAAGUGAUUCUGCUUUUGAAAUCAACACCACUUCCUACUUUAAUGGCACAGUGGAUUCAAAUGGGACAUUUGUUAAUGUAACAAUGAGCACAUUUAACUGGAAGGAGUACAUUGGAGAUGAGAGUCACUUUUAUGUUUUGGAUGGACAAAAAGAUCCUUUACUAUGUGGAAAUGGCUCAGAUGCUGGCCAGUGUCCAGAAGGAUACAUCUGUGUGAAGGCUGGUCGAAACCCCAACUAUGGCUACACGAGCUUUGACACCUUUAGCUGGGCUUUCUUGUCUCUAUUUAGACUCAUGACUCAAGACUACUGGGAGAAUCUUUAUCAGUUGACGUUACGUGCUGCUGGAAAAACAUACAUGAUAUUUUUUGUCCUGGUUAUCUUCUUGGGUUCCUUUUAUUUGGUGAAUUUGAUCCUGGCUGUGGUGGCCAUGGCCUAUGAGGAACAGAACCAGGCCACCUUGGAAGAGGCAGAACAGAAAGAGGCUGAAUUUCAGCAGAUGCUUGAACAGCUUAAAAAGCAACAGGAAGAAGCUCAGGCAGUUGCAGCAGCAUCAGCUGCUUCAAGAGACUUCAGUGGAAUGGGUGGGUUAGGAGAGCUCUUGGAAAGUUCUUCAGAAGCAUCAAAGUUAAGCUCCAAAAGUGCUAAAGAGUGGAGGAACCGAAGGAAGAAAAGAAGACAGAGGGAGCAUGUAGACAGAAACAACAAAGGAGAGGGAGACAGGUUUCCCAAAUCUGAAUCUGAAGACAGUGUCAAAAGAAGAAGCUUUCUUUUCUCCAUGGAUGGAAACCGACUGAGUGGCGAUAAGAAAUUCUGCUCCCCACAUCAGUCUCUGUUGAGUAUCCGUGGCUCCCUGUUUUCCCCAAGACGCAAUAGCAAAACAAGCAUUUUCAGCUUCAGAGGUCGGGCAAAGGAUGUGGGAUCUGAAAAUGACUUUGCUGAUGAUGAGCACAGCACAUUUGAAGACAGCGAAAGCAGGAGAGACUCACUGUUUGUGCCGCACAGACAUGGAGAGCGACGCAACAGUAACGUUAGUCAGGCCAGUAUGUCAUCCAGGAUGGUGCCAGGGCUUCCAGCAAAUGGGAAGAUGCACAGCACUGUGGAUUGCAAUGGUGUGGUUUCCUUGGUGGGUGGACCUUCAGCUCUAACGUCACCUACUGGACCACUUCAGCCAGAGGGUACCACCACUGAAACGGAAGUCAGAAAGAGAAGGCUAAGUUCUUACCAGAUUUCAAUGGAGAUGCUGGAGGAUUCCUCUGGAAGGCAAAGAGCCAUGAGCAUAGCCAGCAUUCUGACCAACACAAUGGAGGAACUUGAAGAAUCUAGACAAAAAUGUCCACCAUGCUGGUAUAGAUUUGCCAAUGUGUUCUUGAUCUGGGACUGCUGUGAUGCAUGGUUAAAAGUAAAACGUCUUGUGAAUUUAAUUGUUAUGGAUCCAUUUGUUGAUCUUGCCAUCACUAUUUGCAUUGUCUUAAAUACCCUCUUUAUGGCCAUGGAGCACUACCCCAUGACUGAUCAAUUCAGUAGUGUGUUGUCUGUAGGAAACCUGGUCUUCACUGGGAUCUUCACAGCAGAAAUGGUUCUCAAGAUCAUUGCCAUGGAUCCCUACUAUUACUUCCAAGAGGGCUGGAAUAUCUUUGAUGGAAUUAUUGUCAGCCUCAGUUUAAUGGAGCUUGGUCUGUCAAAUGUGGAUGGAUUGUCUGUACUGCGAUCAUUCAGACUGCUUCGAGUUUUCAAGUUGGCAAAAUCCUGGCCUACACUAAAUAUGCUAAUUAAGAUCAUUGGCAAUUCUGUGGGGGCUCUGGGAAACCUCACGUUGGUGUUGGCCAUCAUCGUCUUCAUUUUUGCCGUGGUUGGCAUGCAGCUGUUUGGUAAGAGCUACAAAGAAUGUGUCUGCAAGAUCUCCAGUGACUGUCAACUUCCACGCUGGCACAUGAAUGACUUCUUCCACUCCUUCCUGAUUGUGUUCCGCGUGCUGUGUGGAGAGUGGAUAGAGACCAUGUGGGACUGCAUGGAGGUCGCUGGCCAAACCAUGUGCCUUAUUGUUUUCAUGUUGGUCAUGGUCAUUGGAAACCUAGUGGUUCUGAACCUCUUUCUGGCCUUAUUGUUGAGUUCAUUUAGCUCAGACAACCUUGCUGCUACUGAUGAUGAUAAUGAAAUGAACAAUCUCCAGAUUGCAGUAGGAAGAAUGCAAAAGGGAAUAGAUUAUGUGAAAAAUCAGAUACGGGAGUGUUUCCAAAAAGCCUGUUUUAGAAAGCCAAAAGUUAUAGAAAUCCAUGAAGGCAACAAAAUAGAUAGCUGCGUGUCCAAUAAUACUGGGAUUGAAAUAAGCAAAGAACUUAAUUAUCUUAAAGAUGGGAAUGGAACCACCAGUGGUGUAGGUACUGGAAGCAGUGUUGAAAAAUAUAUAAUCGAUGAAAAUGAUUAUAUGUCAUUCAUAAACAAUCCCAGCCUCACUGUAACAGUGCCAAUUGCUGUUGGAGAGUCUGACUUUGAAAACUUAAAUACUGAAGAGUUCAGCAGUGAGUCGGAACUAGAAGAAAGCAAAGAGAAAUUAAAUGCAACCAGCUCAUCUGAAGGAAGCACAGUUGAUGUUGCUCCACCCCGAGAAGGUGAACAAGCUGAAAUUGAACCUGAGGAAGACCUUAAACCGGAAGCUUGUUUUACUGAAGGAUGUAUUAAAAAGUUUCCAUUCUGUCAAGUAAGUACAGAAGAAGGCAAAGGAAAGAUCUGGUGGAAUCUUCGGAAAACCUGCUACAGCAUUGUGGAGCACAACUGGUUUGAGACUUUCAUUGUCUUCAUGAUCCUUCUCAGCAGUGGUGCUUUGGCAUUUGAAGAUAUAUACAUUGAACAGCGAAAGACUAUCAAAACCAUGCUAGAAUAUGCUGACAAGGUCUUCACCUAUAUAUUCAUUCUGGAAAUGCUUCUCAAAUGGGUAGCUUAUGGAUUUCAAACGUAUUUCACUAAUGCCUGGUGCUGGCUAGAUUUUUUGAUCGUUGAUGUUUCUUUGGUAAGCUUGGUAGCCACUGCUCUUGGCUACUCAGAACUUGGUGCCAUCAAAUCCCUACGGACACUAAGAGCUUUAAGACCUCUAAGAGCCUUAUCCCGGUUUGAAGGCAUGAGGGUGGUGGUGAAUGCUCUUAUAGGAGCGAUUCCCUCUAUCAUGAACGUGCUGUUGGUUUGUCUCAUCUUCUGGCUGAUCUUUAGCAUCAUGGGUGUGAAUUUGUUUGCUGGCAAGUUCUACCACUGUGUUAACACGACAACGGGUAACAUGUUUGAAGUUAGUGAAGUCAACAAUUUUAGCGAUUGUCAGGCUCUUGGCAAGCAAGCUCGGUGGAAAAACGUGAAAGUAAACUUUGAUAACGUUGGCGCUGGCUACCUCGCAUUGCUUCAAGUGGCCACAUUUAAAGGCUGGAUGGAUAUUAUGUAUGCAGCUGUUGAUUCACGAGAUGUUAAACUUCAGCCUGAAUAUGAAGAAAAUCUGUACAUGUAUUUAUAUUUUGUCAUCUUUAUCAUCUUUGGUUCAUUCUUCACUCUGAAUCUAUUCAUUGGUGUCAUCAUAGAUAACUUCAACCAGCAGAAAAAGAAGUUCGGAGGUCAAGACAUUUUUAUGACAGAGGAACAGAAAAAAUAUUACAAUGCAAUGAAGAAACUUGGAUCCAAGAAACCUCAGAAACCCAUCCCUCGGCCAGCAAACAAAUUCCAAGGAAUGGUCUUUGAUUUUGUAACCAGACAAGUCUUUGAUAUCAGCAUCAUGAUUCUCAUCUGUCUCAACAUGGUCACCAUGAUGGUGGAAACCGAUGACCAGGGCAAAUAUAUGACUCUAGUUUUAUACCGGAUCAACCUCGUGUUCAUAGUCCUGUUCACUGGAGAAUUUGUGCUAAAGCUUAUCUCUCUCAGAUACUACUACUUCACUAUAGGCUGGAACAUCUUUGAUUUUGUGGUGGUGAUUCUCUCCAUUGUAGGUAUGUUUCUGGCUGAGAUGAUAGAAAAGUAUUUUGUGUCCCCGACCCUGUUCCGUGUGAUCCGUCUUGCCAGGAUUGGCCGCAUCCUACGUCUGAUCAAAGGAGCAAAGGGGAUCCGCACGCUGCUCUUCGCUCUGAUGAUGUCCCUUCCUGCGUUGUUUAACAUCGGCCUCCUGCUCUUCCUGGUCAUGUUCAUCUAUGCCAUCUUUGGGAUGUCCAACUUUGCCUAUGUUAAAAAGGAAGCUGGAAUUGAUGAUAUGUUCAACUUUGAGACCUUUGGCAACAGCAUGAUCUGCCUGUUCCAAAUCACCACCUCUGCUGGCUGGGAUGGAUUGCUGGCACCUAUUCUCAAUAGUGGACCUCCAGACUGUGACCCUGACACAAUUCACCCUGGAAGCUCAGUCAAGGGAGACUGUGGGAACCCAUCUGUUGGGAUUUUCUUUUUUGUCAGUUACAUCAUCAUAUCCUUUCUGGUUGUGGUGAACAUGUACAUUGCGGUCAUCCUGGAGAACUUCAGUGUUGCUACUGAAGAAAGUGCAGAGCCCCUGAGUGAGGAUGACUUUGAGAUGUUCUACGAGGUUUGGGAGAAGUUUGAUCCUGAUGCGACCCAGUUUAUAGAGUUCUCCAAGCUCUCAGAUUUUGCAGCUGCCCUGGAUCCUCCUCUUCUCAUAGCAAAACCAAACAAAGUUCAGCUCAUUGCCAUGGAUCUGCCCAUGGUCAGUGGCGACCGGAUCCACUGCCUCGAUAUUUUAUUUGCCUUUACAAAGCGUGUUUUGGGUGAGAGUGGAGAGAUGGAUGCCCUUCGAAUACAGAUGGAAGACCGGUUCAUGGCAUCGAACCCCUCCAAAGUCUCUUAUGAGCCCAUCACAACCACUUUGAAACGUAAACAAGAAGAAGUAUCUGCUGCUAUCAUUCAGCGUAAUUACAGAAGUUAUCUUUUAAGGCGAAGGUUAAAAAAGCUAAUAAAUAAAUAUGAUAAGGAGACAAUCAGAGGGAGGAUUGACUUACCUAUUAAAGCAGACAUGAUUAUCGACAAAUUAAACAGUAACUCCACCCCAGAAAAAACAGAUGGAAGCUCCUCUACCACUUCUCCUCCUUCCUAUGAUAGUGUAACAAAACCAGACAAAGAAAAAUUUGAGAAAGACAAACCAGAAAAAGAAAGCAAAGGGAAAGAGGUCAGAGAAAAUCAAAAGUAAAAAGAAACAAAGAAUUGUCUUUAUGAUCAAUUGUUUACACCCUAUGAAGGUAAAGUAUAUGUGUCAACUGGGCUUCACGAGGAGGUCCAUGCCAAACUGACUGUUUUAACAAAUACUCAUGGUCAGUGCCUAUACAAGACAGUGACCUCACUGUCACUGCAGCUCUGUGAGACAGGGUAUCAACAUUGACAAGAGGUUGCUGUUUUUAUUACCAGCUGACACUGCUGAGAAGAAACUUAAUGGCUACCUAGACUAUAGGGAUAGUUGUACAAAGUGGUCACUGUAACUACACCAAACAUCUUUAGUACAGUACUUGCAUCCACUCUAUUUUUAACUUCCAUAUCUGCCAUAUUUUUACAAAAUUUGUUCUAGUGGAUUUCCAUGGUCCCUGAUUCAUAGUUUAUUCAUAAUACUGUGUUACUAUUUUUGUAAAUGAGGUUUACGUUGAGGAAGAAGUAUAUAAGAACCCUGUGUUCCUACUCCACAAAUCUCUCAAACGAUCAGACAAAAGUGUUUUGCCUGAGAGAUAAAAUUUUUGCUCAAAACCAGAAAAAAAAUUCUAAUGUCUAUAAUUUCAAUUACUUCCAUUUUCUAGAUGACUUUAAUUUUGAAAGUGUUUAGUCUGUUAUGUUUGUUUAUAUCUGAACAGUUAUGUGCCUGUAAAGUCUCUUCUGAUAUUUAAAGGAUUAUUUUUAUGCAAAGUAUUCUGUUUCAGCAAGUGCAAAUUUUAUUCUAAGUUCCAGAGCUCUAUAUUUAAUUUUGGUUAAAUGCUUUCCAAAAAUGUAAUCUAAUAAAUCUGUUCUAGAAAAGUAUAUCUAAAGUAUCGCUUUAGAAUAGUUGUUCCACUUUCUGCUGCAGUAUUGCUUUGCAGUCUUCUGCUCUCAGCAAAGCUGACAGUUUACGUCAAUUAAAUACCCUCUGGUAUGUAAAUAGUUAUUUUAUCCUGUGGUGCAUGUUUGGGCAAAUAUAUAUAUAUAUAUAAUAUAUAUUAAGCUGAAUAAACAACUUCUAUUCAAUCAAAUAUGUACCACAGUGUAUGUGUCUUUUGCGAGCUUCCAACAGGGGUAUAUUCUGUACCAUUCAUUAAACAUAAAUAGUUUGAAGGCUAUCACUAAUGCAUGUUAAUAUUGCCUAUGCUGCUCUAUUUUACUCAAUUCAUUCUUCACAAGUCUUGGUUAGAAAAAGUCACAUAUUGGUGGUAGAAUGAAUUUCAGCUCUCUGUCCAUUAUGUCAAACAGAACAGUUUGAAGUUAUUUAAAAUCACCUUUACUUUUGCAUUUUUAAUUCAACUUGAGUAUCACAUGGUAUCUCUCUAGAUUUCAAGGAAACACACUGCAUACUGCCUACUGUCAAAACCUACACUUCAUUUUUUGCUAAAAAUAUGUCUAAAACUUGUUUAAAUAUAAAUAAUGUAAAAAUAUGAUCAAUUUUAUUUGUCAGCAUUUUGUACAUAAGAAAAUUAUUUUCAGGUUGAUCACAAGGCAACUUAUUUUACUUUAUGCUUUUGCUUUUUAUUUUUAAUCACAAUUCCAAACUUUUGAAUCCAUAAGACUUUUCAAUGGGUAAUUUCCUAAAAUAAAAGUUAGACAAUGGAUUUUGUGGAUUUCUUUGUUACAAUAUUAUUUUCUACCAUUUUAAUAGGUGAUGCAUUGGUCAAAAACUCAAACCUAGAUGAUUUUCUACCAACUCUGGUUGCCUCAAUAUAACCCUUUAUUCAUGAAAGUUUUUUUUAUUCAACUUUUAUAGUAUUUACGUAUGCAGACUAGUCUUAUUUUUUUAAUUCCUACUGCACUAAAGCUACUACAGAUAAAACAUGGGCUCUGUUCUUUUUAGCCAUGAACCAAGUGGCAAAGUUGUGCAAUUACCUAACAUGAUAAAAAUUUUUGUUUUUUGCACAAACCAAAAGUUUAAUGUUAAUUCCUUUUACAAAACUAUUUACUGUAGUGUACUGAUGAACUGCAUGCAGGGAAUUGCUAUUACUAAAAAGAAUGAUGAGCUACGUCAUUAUUGAGCCAAAAGAAUAAAUAUUUCAUUUUUUUAUUGUAUUUCAUUUAUUGGCCUCUUUUUUUGGUGGUUUAAAAUAUACAUAAAUAAAAAACUGUACUUCAUCUGACACUUGUAUUCAUAAAAGUUCACAGGAAUUUUAUAACAAUCCAAUGUUUGAUCCACCAAGCAAUACUACAACUACAGAAUAAAGGCUAACUAAGAGCUGUUUUUGUGAACUUUUGUGUAUGCAAAGAAUCAAGGCUAUCUGUUCCAACUUUCAGACUUGAUAAUAAUAGUAGUAACUACCUACAAUGGCUGUUAAUUCCAAUUAAUUCCUUUGGCUAUAAGCAUUCAAAUCUCAAUUUCUCUCAAUAAUUGAUGUUAUCUCCUAAUUUCUAGGUGGCUAAUAAAUAUUACAUUCUUUGUUACUUAAAUGCAUGCUAUGGAACUCCUAUUUAUACAUAAGGUAUUUAUCAUACAGUGAUUGAGAAUUUAUAUUAACUUUUGUUCAGAGCCCCUGGGAUUUAUGUGAAGUCAAAAAUCAAACUUUUAUUCUCUGUGGAAAACUCCAGUUGUAAUGCAUUAUUUUAAAGCCAACUUGGGUCUAAAUAUGUAUUUCAUAAUUUCCCCAAAAUAAAUUACGUAAGGUGA